UCAGCUCUCCGGCGCACACUCACUCCUUGACUCACUCAAGCCUUAAGCCGCUCCGGCCGCAGAGUGCGCAUCCCUAACAGCUCCUCCGUAUCGAGUUGCGGGGCAACGAUCGGAGCGGAGAAAAAGCACACAGAGUCCCCAACUGGACAAAACGAAGACAAAGAUGUCGUCCUACGUCUCCUCCGAGUGCCGCCGCGUCAGCCCCUCCGUCCGCGGCAACAAGUUCGACACGGCGCACCGCAAGAAGGCCGUCGCCAACAUCUUCGAGAACGUCAACCAGGACGCGGUCAUGAGGCUCUUCCAGAAAACGGGCGACGUGAAGGCGGAGGAGAGAGUGAGGAGCAUCUUCUCCUACACGCUGGACCCGGAGGAGACGGCCCGGGCCCUGAUGGCUCUGAAGCAGCGGAAGAAGGAUAAGUUCCUCCAGAUCGCGGGCAUGGUCCGGCAGCUGCUCAAGAUACGUUGACUGUGUUUUAACAGUUCUUUAUUAUUUUUUUGGUCGCGUCUCUCUCUGUCGGCUCAUGUCUGAGCCGAAUCUGAAAAGAAACGCUCCCGAUAUGACUGGGUCACCGCCGAGAUGCGGUCCCACCUUUUCGCAUGGAAAAGGAGCGUUAGGCGCGGAGGAGAGUACCGCUGGCCUCCCGGAGAGGGGGCAACACGUAGCGGCUGUCGCGUCAUGGACGGUACGGCUGUGACAGCGGAGAGUCCCCCUCCCGGAUGGAGGAACUGACCGGGAACAUGGAAGGGCACGCACGUCCUUUCCCUGAGACUUGAUUUCUAUUGAUGCGUUCCUGUGGAUGCCUGACUGUGAAGCGGCCCCCGUGUACAAGGUGCACGUCGCCGCGUCCGAUGGCAGUGCACAGCUGCAAUCUGAGACUUUUAUGGUGCCGAAGAAUCCGCCCACACGAAUGCCUGAACACAUGCCUUGACUCUCAGCUUCACUGUGUUCUAUGAAAAGGACUCGUUGGUGUUCACUAAUGUGUUAUUGUCACACGAUGAUUUGCAUUCAUGAUGUGUUCCUUUGUGCAUUUUUUCUAAAUAAAUUAUUGAAUUGUUUAUAUGUGA